GCACAUUAAAUUACGUAACUUAAUGUACAGAGACUACUCUAGACGCCGACGCCGCGGUUGAUUCAGUUUUAAAUAGGGAGGCAUCGGCGUCUCGGCGCCUUUAACUAAACCAUUAAGGACAGAAAAAGAUCGUUUAAGAGUAACUUUUAAACAUUUUUUUUCGGUAAUAUGGGAAGUGGAAUCGAACCGACCGUUUCUGUUGAAUUUGAAGUUUUUGGCAGAGUUCAAGGUUGUUACUUUACUAAAUAUUGUAAGGAAACGUCUGAACAUUUAUCGUUAUCGGGUUGGGUUAAAAAUACUAAAAAAGGAACGAUUGUUGGUAAAGUACAAGGUCCUAGAGGAAAUAUUGAACAAAUGAUAGUUUGGUUGACAAAUACAGGAUCACCUGGUUGUACGAUUGAAAGAUGUGAAUUAACCAAUUGGGAGAAUUUGGCAAGACCAGAAUUUAAAGACUUUAGUAUUAGGUUUUAGGAAUUUUUUUAUUGUUAUAAAUAAUACUUUCUACUUUUUCAAAUAAAUCUAUAUUUUUU